AUGCCACCAAAGAAGGGAGCCAAAAAGGGAAAGAAGAACGACGACGACGAUAUCUGGGCCUCGAAGGAGGCUGCCUUCGAGAGCAACCCCCAGACCGCCGCCGCCUCGGACGACGAAUUCAGUGCGCCUCCCAAGAAGGCGGGUGGCAAGAAGGAUAAAGGGGGUCUCUUUGACUUGCUGGACGAGGGAGAAGAGGUCUCUGAUGAAGAGGGUGGUGGUUUGAUGGCAAGUCGAUUUGGUGCCGCUAUCGCUGCCAAUGCCGCCAAGAAGGACAAGAAGAAGAACAAGAAGAAGCCUGCCAAGUUUGUCGACGAAGACGAGGACCUUGAUUCUGAUGCUGAGAAGCCUGCGGCCGUAAACACGAAGCCGAAUCUCGACGACGAAUGGCCUGAGGAUGAUGUCAAGCCCAAGAAGGGCAAGAAGGGAAAGAAGGACAAGAAGAAGGCAGUCCAGGACGAGGACUAUGAGUUUGACGAGCCCGCUGCGGAGGAGGCCAAGCCGGAUACUGCCGUUGACAUCAACGACGAAUGGCCCGAGGAGGACGUCAAGCCCAAGAAGGGCAAGAAGGGAAAGAAGGGCGGAAAGAAGGCCCAGGAGGAGGACGAAGAGGACAUCAAUGCGAUUUUGGAGAAGGCUGCUGCUGAAAGACGGGCUGCCGAGGCCGCUGCUGCUCCCAAGCCCGAGGAGAAGAAGCCUGAGCCUGAAGCUGCCGAUGAGGAAGAUGAGGUGGAGGGUGGUGACGACGACGGACCCAAGAUCUUGACCAAGAAAGAGAAGGAAAAGCUGAAGAAGGAGAAGGAGAAGGCCAAGAAGAAGGCUCAAGCCGCCGCCAAAAAGGCCGGUGGGGCUCAGGAGGACUCUGCUCAACCCUCUCCCUCCGCCACCCCCGCCCCUCCUGCCGACGAGGCCUCUGACGAAGAAGGCGAUGACGUCGCCGGUGGCGCCGACAAGAAAAAGAAAAAGAAGAAGAAGGCUGCUGCCAAACCUGAAGCUGCUCCUGCUCCUGCCAAGGGCAAGAAGGUGCCCGCGCAUAUUGCUGCCAUGCAAGCCGCUAUGGAGGAGAAGAAGCGCUUGGAAGAGGCGGCGCAGAAAGCGGCGGAAGAGCGCCAGAGGGAGCUCGAAGAGGAAGAAAGGAGACUUGCCGAGGAAGAGGAGGCUGCUGAAGCUGCCAAGGCGGCAAAGAAGCAAAAGGAGAAGGAGAAGCAGGCGAGACUCAAGGCUGAGGGCAAGGCUCUGACGCCUGCGCAGAAGAAGGAGAGGGCUGCAGCCGAGGCGAGGAAGCAGGCUAUGCUGGCUUCCGGUAUGACUGUUGCCGGUCUUCAAGAGGGUGCGCCCAAGAAAAAGCCCGUUUACGGCAAGAAGAAGCCUCAACAGCAAAAGCCCAAGGAGGAAGCCCCCAAGCCCAAGCCUGAGCCCACGCCUGCCCCUGCCCCCGUUGAGGAGAAGAAGGAUGAGUCUGAAGACGACUGGGACAAGUCUGAGGACGAGAAGAAGGUCGACGAGGCUACCAAGGGUGUUGAAAAGCUCAAGGUGGAAGAAAGUGAGGACGACUGGGACAAGAGCAGUGACGAUGAGGAAGCUGCCCCUGCUCCUGCUCCCGCUCCUGUUCCCAAAGCCGAGCCUAAGGCUGCCCCUGCAAAGAAAGCCGAUCCCGCCCCCGCCCCCGCUCCCAAGAAGGCUGCUCCCGCUCCCACCAAACCCGCUGCCAAGGCCAAUGGCAAGGCUGCCCCCGCCCCCAUCGAAGAAUCUUCUGAGGAAGAGUCUUCCGAAGAAGAGACUGAUUCCGACGACGACUCUGACUCUGACGACGAUUCAUCCGACGAAGACUCUGACGAUGAGCUCGCAGUCCGAAAGGCACAGGCUUUGGAAAAGAUCGAGGCGCGAAGGGCGGCUGCUCAGGCUGCCAAGUCCAAGGACGAUUUGCGUUCGCCCAUUUGCUGUAUCUUGGGACACGUCGACACUGGUAAGACCAAGCUGUUGGACAAGGUCAGACAGACAAGUGUGCAGGAGGGUGAAGCGGGUGGUAUCACCCAGCAGAUCGGUGCUACUUUCUUCCCCAGGGAGGCUAUUGAGGAGAAGACUGCCGUUGUCAAUAGGGACGGCGCCUACAAGGUCCAGAUUCCCGGUUUGCUCAUCAUCGACACUCCCGGUCACGAGUCCUUCUCCAACUUGCGAACCCGUGGUUCAUCCCUCUGUAACAUUGCCAUCUUGGUUGUUGACAUUACUCACGGUCUUGAACCUCAAACCAUCGAGUCCCUCAACCUUUUGCGUGCUGGCAAGACGCCCUUCAUUGUCGCCCUCAACAAGAUCGACAGGAUGUACGGCUGGAAGCAGAUUCCCAACGCUGGUUUCCGAGAGACCCUCGACUCCCAGUCCAAGUCCGUCAAGUCUGAAUUCGAGGACCGAGUCGCCAAGACCAAGCUUGCAUUCGCUGAGCAGGGUAUGAAUGCCGAGAUCUUUGACGAGAACAAGAACUUGGGUCGAAACAUCUCGCUUGUGCCUACUUCUGCCGUCACCGGUGAAGGUGUGCCCGAUUUGCUCAUGCUGCUCGUCAAGCUCACCCAGGAGAGGAUGAACGCCAACUUGAUGUACAUCUCCGAGCUCGAGUGUACCAUCUUGGAAGUCAAGGUCAUCGAAGGGUUGGGUACCACCAUUGAUGUUGUUUUGAACAACGGUGUCAUGAGAGAGGGUGAUAAGAUUGUGCUAUGUGGUACGGAUGGACCGAUCGUGACGCAAGUACGAGCCUUGCUCACGCCUCAGCCUAUGCGAGAAAUGCGUAUCAAGGGUACUUAUGUCCACCACAAAGAGGUCAAGGCGGCUUUGGGUGUCAAGAUUUCUGCGCCCGGUCUUGAAAAGGCUAUCGCCGGUGCCCGACUCUACGUCGCCCAGGACGAUGACGAAGUUGAGGCGUACAAGGACAUGGCCAUGGACGACUUGACUUCGCUUGCCAAGUUUGUCACCAAGACCGGCAAGGGUGUCUGGGUCCAAGCUUCCACCCUUGGUUCUCUCGAGGCUCUCUUGACUUUCUUGGAGCAGAUGAAGAUUCCCGUGUUCAACUUUGGUAUCGGGCCGAUUCACAAGAGUACGAUCGUGAAGGCCGGUACGAUGUUGGAUAAGGCGCCCGAGUAUGCGGUCAUUUUGGCGUUCGAUGUGCAGAUCGAGAAGGAGGCUGGUGAACUGGCGGCCAAGGCUGGCCUGAAGAUCUUCUCUGCCGAGAUCAUUUACCACCUCUUCGACGCCUUCACCAAGUACAUGGAUGAAGUUACCGAAGCUCGUAAGAAGGAAGCCGCUCCCCACGCCGUCUGGCCCGUUCGACUCAAGAUCAUCAAGGCCUUUGCUCACAGAGAUCCUAUUAUCUUGGGUUGUGACAUCAUUGAGGGUACUAUGAGGACCGGUACACCGAUGGGUGUCGUCAAGGUUGACAAGGAGACUGGCAAGAGGGAGAUUGUUGCUUUGGGUAAGAUCACGUCUAUCGAGAUCAACCACAAGCCCUUCGAGAUUGUCAAGAGGAACCAGAUUGGUGCUGGUGCUGCCGUCAAGAUUGAGCGAGCUUCUUACCAACCCGCCAAGCUUUAUGGUCGACACUUUGACGACUCGGACGAGGUUGUGUCUCUCAUCACCCGUCAAUCUAUCGACACUCUCAAGGCCACCUUCCGAGACCAGGUCGAGCUGUCUGACUGGGCUAUGAUCAAGAAGAUGAAGAUUGAGCAGGGUGUCGCGUAA